UGGAUAACGGUGAUGAGAAUGGCCCAUACCAACAGCAGUUAAAAAACGCACUGCAUGCAGGCUCAACCUCACAAAAACACCAUUGGGUGUCUAAACAUUAUAUAGGUCUCCCAAAUGGAACACUGUCAGAUUACUUAACACAUGCAGUCCAUGCGGAAAGAGUAACAAAAAUUAAAAAGAACACUAAAGCAACAGAAAAAGCAACCUUUUGGGUUGAAGAGGAUGAAAAUGCUGUUUACUGGCAAAACCCACAGGCUAGAGGAAGAGGCAGAGGAAGGAGCAGGGGAAGAGGGAGAGGAGGACUCUCUAGGAGCAUGGGAAAUCCCAGGGCCUGCUGGUCCUGUGGAAAAGAGGGACAUAUGGCUAGAGACUGUAGAAGCAGCCCUCAAAAUAACCCCUCUAGUUCAGCAUGACUAGAAUCAGGUUA